GCGGCGGGAACUGCAGUUUAAUCACAACGACCACCUAUUGAACCAAGUAUACUCUUACCGUUCCACUACAUACAAAAUGGCAUCAUCGAGAUCACCGUCACUUACGUCUAAAGGGAAAUCUACACCCACAAUGAAGCAGGCAAAGCUCAAGUUCAACAGUGUCAAGCGGACUAACUCCGCAACAACACUCGAGAAGGGCAAAGCGAAGUCGAAAGCCUCACCUACCUCUGAGGGCUCUCGAACACCUAUCAUUGUGGAGGACUCAAGCGAUGAAGAGACUACCACUGCUGAGGACCAACAAGGGAAGAGAACGACGCGAAGCGGAGGAGGACCAGUUCUCAAGAAACGUAAAGUCGAAACUGACAAGGCUGCCGAGACGAAGGGGAAAGGGAAAGCCAUCUUCAAAUCUCGCAGCUCUGUCGAGAACGUUUCUGGGGGGAGAACUCAACCGGUUGAGGAGAGACCGAAGCUGAAUGUGAAGGACAAGAGAUGGAAAGGCGCAUAUGCCGAAGCGAAGGAGAAAAUGGGCGGUGCAGAACCCAUUCAUGGCGAACAUCAGAAUAAGAUUCAUCAAAUCCUCCGUGUAUUCGACCUAUCUUACCAGUACGGACCAUGCAUUGGUGUCAGCCGACUGGAACGCUGGAAUAGGGCUGACGCAUUGGGCCUGAAUCCCCCACCAGAGGUCAGUUUCGUUGCAUGUAUGCGCUUCUUGUCCUGCACAGAUCUUAUUCGCAUUGUCAGAUACGCGACAUCCUCCUGACCAAGGAAGGUACAGAACAGACAGAAUGUUCUCAACCUGUCUUCUUCGGAGAGGUAUAGGGCAUGCGGAGAACUUUUCAUUUUUUGUCGCGAUAUUUAUCGUCUUUUUCUCUGCUGUGCUUCUGUUAAGGACUUCUAUGUUUCGUUUCGUUCUUGUACAUCAGAUAUUUCUGUAGCAAUAAUGCUUGCUGUAUGUUGCUACUCACGGACCGCCUUGUCGGUGUAAUUCUAGAUAUCUCAUCGUAAAUCACAUAUUCCGCCUUUAAUUGCAUCUAUAUCUGUCCUUGUUGAUCAUGAACUCCAAAAUCCAGUCCAAAGCUCCAUUUUUCUGUGC